AUGUUGAAACCGCACAACCUUCACGUACUUGUAAAGCGCUUUCACCAGUUAUGGUAUGUUAUGUCGGCGAGAUUACUCUCGCGUCGCUUGGCAUAUCACCCUCGAAUUUUGUGGCUGCUAGAAAGGCGAAGGGAUUUCGUUAGAUGGCCUGAACAAAGCGACGUUAGGUUGGCUAUUAGCUUUGGAUCCCUAAGAGCAUGUACAAUGGGUGAUCUUAGUGAGAUCCUUACGCCGAUCAAUGCAUCUUCUUCUUCUUUUGGGGAUGUAUAUCCGGUCGAUGAUGUCCAGAAGAAGAUUCGACGUGCGGAGAGGUUUGGGGUUUCUGUGAAGUUAACCAAAGAAGAGAAGCGCAAUUCUCGUGCUCAGAGAUGUCCAAAGAUACAAAGGAAGAUGGUUAUUGGAUUGGACGAUGAUGGAGAAAGUGAUGAAUUUAGGGCUAGGGUUCUUUGUGCUAUGAGAUUUAUGAUUGAAUUUGGGAAAUCAGAAGCUGCGGGGCAAAUGCAAAAGGAAAAAGGAGUUUCUUACUCUCUUUUUAUUUCACGCAUAUUUGGAAGAGGCAAAGAAGAAAGCUAG